UCCUGUCGGUCAUGGAGACGAAGGCGGGCGAACGUGCUGCACGUUGCAUCUUAGGGUUCCCUCGAAUGCAGAGCUGUAGAUCUCCUAGAUGAAAAAGGUAUAUAAGCCCCUUAAUUUGACGGCUUUUCUCUGCUUCGUGUAGGUACCAAACCACACUCGCCACAUAGUAAUAACCGUCCGACGAUUGGUCUCUGUCUGAUCUCCAGAAUGCGGGUUCUCCAGGUCGCGUCCAUACUUCUCGCCGCAUGCGGUGCUACCGGUUCUACCAUAAAGCGCCAAAGCGGAGGUGGCUUCGCCGAUGGCCAACCCAUCGACAGUGACGGCAGAGGUGCUCCGUUCUCAGGUGGCACUAACCAUGAGCUCGAUCUGCAAAACCCCGACAACCUCGGCCGGCAGACCACCGACAGUGGUGUCGUGCCAAAUCUCAAGUGGAGCUUCUCCGACUCCCGGACGAGAAUCUUGAGGGGCGGAUGGGUUCGGGAGCAGGUGAUCACGGAUCUCCCUUCUAGCCGGGAUAUCGCGUCGGCUCAACAGCACUUGACCAAAGGGUCUAUCCGGGAGCUUCAUUGGCAUCGAGUGGCUGAAUGGGGCUAUUUGUAUGCCGGGUCGAUCCGAGUGUCGGGGGUUGACCACAACGGACAAUUCCAAGCGACCGUUCUGCAGGAGGGGGAUGUGUGGUACUUCCCAGAGGGUGUAGGACACACAGUCCAAGGCCUCGACGACGAAAACGAGUUCCUCCUGAUAUUCGACGACGGUGACUUUGACGCCGUGGGCACGACGUUCAACUUGGACGAUUGGAUCACCCACACCCCGAAGGCCGUGCUGGCCAAGAACUUCGGACUGCCCGAGGCCGUCUUCAACACAGUUCCGUCCCCGAACCCGUACAUCACCAACGGGACUAUUGACCCGCGCAACGUGACCGGUGGGGGCGGCGAACUGACGGGCAAUGCCUCGUUCGCGUACUACGCGAAGGAUCAUCCGCUGGAACAGGUCCCGGGGGGCGGUGGCACGCUUCGCAUCGUCGACUCGAAAACUUUCCCUGCCGCGAAGACGAUAGCUGCCUCCAUCGUCACUCUCCACCCUGGGGCUCUGCGAGAGCUGCAUUGGCACCCGAACGCUGAGGAGUGGCUCUACUUCCACAAGGGCCAAGGCCGCGCGACGGUGUACAUAGGGAGCGCCGCGGCGCGCACGUUCAAUUUCCGAGCCGGAGACACGGGCGUAUUCCCGGACAACAGCGGACACUACAUCGAGAACACGUCGGAGACGGAAGACCUGGUCUGGGUCGAGAUAUACAAGAGCGAUCGGGUCGAGGACAUCUCGCUGACCCAGUGGCUCGCGCUCACGCCGGCGGGCAUCGUCGCCAGAACGCUGAAUAUUCCCGUCGAGGUGGUGGAGAACCUGAAGAAGGAGAAGCAGAUUCUCAUAGGGUAAGCGACACACGGCUGAGGUUUGGGGUCUUGGUGGCAGCGGUUGCAACUCGCGGCCCCGUACGCGGACUUGGCACGCCUAUCAAUACCCGUCGGGGACGGUAGCAAUGGGAAGCGCAGUAUUUUAGUCGUGGCUGUGUGACGCGUUCCAUUGGCCUAUUAUUUUUCCACUGCCAGUUCAUCGCUGCGACGUUCUCGCCGAG